AAGAACUGCAGUGCAGUGCAGUGAAGUGCUGCCUUCCAGCUGCAUUCGUGUUCCAGCUGCAGACGAGAGCAGAGACGCCAACGAACGAGUCGCGAGACGAUCGCGAGCGGGGAUCGAAGUGCAAAAACACGAAACACGAACAACAGCAACAAAAAAUCAAGCAACACCGCACCGUUUGUUGAACUCUCGUUUGAACCACAACAAAGCAUAAAAACGAAAGAGUGAACCAAACAAAACAAACAAAGAAAAGAGUUAGAACAAACCAGUUAACUGGGUUUUUCCAAAUGAUUGCUUGAUUGGACCAACACCACUACAUCCCACCAUCCCGCCCCGACCCGCCCCGUUCCGGCCUCCUCGGCCUCAUCAUGUGCAGUGGAAAAUUCUUCCGCAUGCCCACCCUUGCCAUCUGCGGCGUUGUGCUAACCAUCAUUUUGGUCUGCAUUACGGGCAUCACCCUAACGAACAGCAUCAACAUUUCGAAUAUCGUUAAGCUGCGCGAGAAGGUGGCCAGCGAUUCGGCGGCCGCGAAUGGUGGCCACCAGGCGGCCCAGACACGUGCGGCGCUUGUCGAGCAGCAGUACUCGACGCUGCAGCAGCAUCAUCUGUCGCAAAGCGAUCUCAACUACAUAUCGGCAUCCACGCAUCCAAAGAAUCUACAGCGACCAUUGCAACAGCAGCAGCUGCCACAGCAGCAACCAAAUAAAAUUGUGAUUGAAAUCGGAUUAAGGAGCGCCAAUGAGAGUGCCAAUGCCAGCAAGGGUGGUGGCAAAGCAGCUAGUGGGAGUGGCAGUGGCAGAGGCUCUGGUAGUGGAAAAAUGCCACUGGGCAUGCCACAUAUGCUGGAAGCAGCCGAGGCAUUGAUGGAGGGCAAUGUCGAUUCCAUAUCAUUGCCGGCAGCAGUGCCACUGGUGGCAUCAGCGCCAACAACUGAAAAGAGUAGCAAUGGAAAUGGAAAUGGAAAUACCAAUAAAAGAAGCUCUGGAAACAGUCCUGAAAGCAGCAGCAGCAGCACUGGAAAAAGCAUCGACACCGAGCACAGCAAUGGAAGGAGGAGGAGCAUUGGAGGCUUUAAUGGAAAUAACACUGAAAACAGCUUGAAAAGCAGCACCCGAGGCGGUAACGUCGUCGUCAUGGAUAUCCGGGAUCACAAUCCAGGGGGCAUACAGUUCGAGCGACGUGCCCAUGUCAAGCAGAUGAUGGAGCAUGCCUGGCGCAACUACAAACUGUAUGCAUGGGGCAAGAACGAGCUGCGUCCGUUGUCACAGCGUGCGCAUUCGGGCAGCAUAUUCGGGUCGUACGAUCUGGGCGCAACAAUUGUCGAUGGCCUGGACACACUGUACAUUAUGGGGCUGGAGAAUGAGUAUCGGGAGGGGCGUGACUGGAUUGAGCGCAAAUUCUCGCUGGACAACAUCAGUGCAGAGCUGAGCGUGUUCGAGACGAACAUUCGGUUUGUGGGCGGCAUGCUAACCCUGUACGCCUUCACCGGUGAUCCGCUGUACAAGGAAAAGGCCCAGCAUGUGGCCGAUAAGCUGCUGCCCGCCUUUCAGACACCCACGGGCAUACCCUAUGCCCUGGUCAACACAAAGUCGGGCGUGGCGAAGAACUAUGGCUGGGCAUCGGGCGGCAGCUCCAUCCUAUCAGAGUUUGGCACACUGCAUUUGGAGUUUGCCUAUCUGAGCGACAUUACCGGCAAUCCGUUGUACCGCGAACGGGUCCAGACCAUCCGACAGGUGCUCAAGGAAAUCGAGAAGCCAAAGGGGCUCUAUCCCAACUUUCUCAAUCCGAAAACGGGCAAAUGGGGACAACUUCACAUGUCGCUGGGCGCCCUGGGGGACAGCUACUACGAGUACUUGCUGAAGGCCUGGCUGCAGUCGGGACAGACGGACGAGGAGGCGCGCGAGAUGUACGACGAGGCAAUGGUGGCCAUAAUGGACAAAAUGGUGCGCACCAGUCCCAAUGGACUCACGUAUGUCUCCGAUCUCAAAUUUGAUCGCUUGGAGCAUAAAAUGGAUCAUUUGGCCUGCUUCUCGGGCGGCCUGUUUGCCCUAGGCGCUGCCACUCGCCAAAACGAGCACAGGGACAAGUACAUGGAGGUGGGCAAGGGCAUCACAAAUACAUGCCACGAGAGUUACAUACGAGCACCCACACAACUGGGACCCGAAGCAUUCCGCUUCAGCGAUGCUGUGGAAGCACGGGCACUGCGGUCACAGGAGAAGUACUACAUACUGCGUCCGGAGACAUUUGAGAGCUACUUUGUGCUGUGGCGACUCACGCACGACCAAAAGUAUCGCGACUGGGGCUGGGAGGCGGUGCUGGCACUGGAGAAGCAUUGCCGCACGCCACAUGGCUACUGCGGGCUGCGUAAUGUCUAUCAGCAGGAGCCACAGAAGGAUGAUGUGCAGCAGAGUUUCUUCCUGGCCGAAACACUCAAGUAUCUGUACUUGCUGUUCUCGGAUGACUCGGUACUGCCGCUGGACGAAUGGGUGUUCAACACGGAGGCGCAUCCGCUGCCCAUUAAGGGGGCCAAUCAGUACUAUCGCCAGGCGCCCGUUACGCUGCCCGUUUCGAAUGCCUCAUAAGAGGCCCGACACUACUGGCAGCUGCUUCUCUUGUCUAUAGCAAUGCACUUUACUUAGCUCUUUAUAUAUACUAAAUAUAUAUAAACACCUAUUUUUUUUUUGUUUUUUUUUUUUUAAUUUUUAAGCUAGC